AUGAAGCUGCAGCAGUCCGAGUUUCAAAAUAUAGGGGGGGGGGGGGGGGGGGUGGGGGGGGGGGGGGGGGGGGGGGGGGGGGGGGUGGGGGGGGGGGUGGGGGGGGGGGGGGGGGGGGGGGGGGGGGGGGGGGGGGGGGGGGGGGGGGGGGGGGGGGGGGGGGGGGGGGGGGGGGGGGGGGGGGGGGGGGGGGGGGGUGGGGGGGGGGGGGGGGGGGGGGGGGGGGGUGUGGUAGGUGGGGUUGUGGGGGGGGGGUGGGUGUUCGGUUUAAUAUUAAGAUUUAUGGGAGGAUGGUGGUUGGAGAAGGGUUUGGGAGUGAGGGGGGGGAUGGGAGGGUUGUGUUGGUUUUUAUGGGGGGGGGGGGGGGGGGGGGGGGGGGGAGGGUUGGUUGGUGUGGGGGGGGAUGGGGUGUGGGUGUGUGUGUGGGGUGUGUGUGGAUGGUGGGGUUGUGUUGGGGGUGUGUUGUUUUGUGGUGGUGUUGGGGAUGGUAAGUAUGAGGUUUGGAAGGUGGUAGUGGGGUGGUUAGUGGGGGGGGGGGGGGGAGGGGUGGGAGGGGGGGGUGGGGGGGGGGGGGGGGGGGGGGGUGUGUGGGGGAGGUGGGUGGGGGAUGGGUGUAAGUGGGUGGUGGAUGGGUUGUGGUGUGUUUGGGUUGGGGUUGUGUGGGGUGGGGGGGUGGGGGGUUGUUGUGGUGGUUGGGGUUGUGUGGGUGUGGGGGUGUGGGUGGGUGGUGGUGUGGGGGGGGUUGGGGGUGGUGGGGUGGGUUGUUGGGGGGGGUGGGGGUGGGUGUGGGGUGUGGGUGGUGGGGGGGUGGGGGUGUGGGGGUGUGGGGGGGUUGUGGGUUGGUGGUUUGUGGGGGUGUGGUUGGUGGUGGGGUGUUGUGUGUUGGGUUGGUGGGGUGUGGGGUGGUGGGUGGUGUGGUGUUGGUGUGUGGGUGGUGUUGGUUGUGUGGGGGUGGUGUUUGGUGGUGGGUGGGUGGUGUGGGGGGUUGGUGUGGGGUGGGUUGUGGUUGGGGUGGGGUGUUGGUGGGUGGGGGUUGGUGGGUGUGGUUGUGGGGUUUUGUGUUGGGUGGUGGUGGGUGGUGUGGUGGGUGUUUGGUGGGUGUUGUGGGGUGGGGGUGUGGUGGUGGGGUUGGUGGGGGGGUUGGGGGGUGUUUGUGGGGGGGUUGUGGGUGGGGGUGGGGUGGGGGGGUGGGUGUGGGGGGGUGGGGGUGGUGGUGUGUGGGUUGGGGGUGUUGGUGGGUGGUGGGGUUGUGGUGGGGUGGGGGGGGGUGGUGGGGGGGUGGGGGUGGUGGGGUGGGGGGGUGGGGGGUGGGGUUGGUGGGGGGUGGGGGGUGGGGUGGGUGGGGGGGGGGGGGUGGGGGGGGGUGUGUGGGUGGGUGGGGGGGUGGGGGGGGGGGGGUGGGGGGGGGGUGGUGGGGUGGGGGUGGGGGGGGGGUUGGGUGGUGGGGGGUGGUGGUGGGGUGUGGGGGGUGGGUUGGGGGGGGUGGGGUGGGUGUGGUGGGGGGUGUGGUGGGGGGGGGGGUGGGGUGGGGUGGGGGGUGUGGGGUGUGUGGGGGGGGGGGGUGGGUGUGGGGGUGGGGGGGGUGGGUGUGGGUGGGUGUGGGUGGGGGGGGUGAUUUGUGUGGGGGUGGGGUGGGGGGGGGGUGUUUUGUGGGGGGGGGGGGUGGUGGGGGGGUGUUGGUGUGGUGGUUUUUGGGGGUGGUGGUGGUGUGUGGGGGGGGGGGGUGGGUGUGUUGGGGGUGGGGUUUGUGUGUUGUUAUUGUUGGGGUUUAGUAAUUGA